AUCAUCAAGCCUUGCGAUGAGGCAGAAGCAGCGUCGAUACGCCGAAAAGUAUUUCCGGUUACAGCUACCAAAACAACUUUGAUGGUGACUUUCAAGAUUUACUUGUUCAAUUCAGAAAAAAAAUAACUCAUAUGUUUGAAAAUGAACACCAGGCUGAAGAACUGGAAGGAGGCGGCCACUCUUAUUUUAGCUGCGGGUCACAAGCUCGGCGCAGAGGGUUUAUCGCCACCUCAGCGCUUUGACUACAACGUUCUACUACUUAAACGAAGCCACAAAAGUGUCUUCAUGCCUAACGCCUAUGUGUUCCCUGGAGGCACGGCGGACUCUUCAGACUUCUCUGGCGACUGGCUGGACGUUUUUAAAGCUUUUACCAACUCUCCAAAUUUCGGUUUAAGGAGCGUCCAACAACCUCAUGACAGCAGACCUCCCAUAUUUGCGACGGACAGACUGAAACUGGGCUCUCCUAUCCCGGGAGAAGUCGCCUUUCGAAUCUGCGCCUUAAGGGAGACCUUCGAGGAGUCAGGAGUGUUGUUGUUUGUGUCCAAAGACGAGGAGAUGAGUUUGUUGAAGAGCCUUGAGGACAGACGUACCACUGAUGAAGUCAAGCACUAUAAAGUCAACGAGCUGGGCAGCACUGAGCUGAGCAGGUGGAGGACUCUUGUCAACCAGAACCCGUCUAACUUCAUCACAAUGUGCAGGGAGCUGCAGGUGCUGCCCAACAUCUGGGCCUUACACGAGUGGGCCAACUGGCUGACCCCAGAACGUCGAUACGACGUGAAGAGGUUCGACACAGCCUUCUUCAUCUGCUGCCUGCAGGACACACCUCACACCCUGCAGGACGAUAAGGAAAUUGAGCGCUUUCAGUGGUCGACGCCUCCUGAUGUCCUGCGGAGCUACCAGGCGCGCGAGCUGUGGAUCGCCCCCCCUCAGUUUUACGAGCUGAGUCGCAUGUGUCGCUUCCCUUCGCUGAGCAACCUUCAGAAUUUCGCUCGGCAGCGUUCCUCGGACGGCUGUGAGCAGUGGCUGCCAAUUGUCUUCAAACAGGACGACGGCUACUUAUCAGUGUUGCCAGGAGACCGAUUGUACCCAUCAAACAGUUCUGAAGGGAGGACAAUAGAAGCGAGCGUAGACCAGGAAAGUUCCAAGACAGCGCUACAUCGCUUCCUGAUAUCUGACCCCUACGGUACACGCCUGCAGAUCAACAUCACACCAAAGUACAACCACCUGAUGCCUCUUGUCGCCCCCUUUGACCCCAGCGCUGAACUUUGAUCUGCUCAACAGCCCCCCUCAGUGAGCACACAUGAACAAUUACAUUGAAAAAUUAUAAACAUAUUAAAUAUAUCAAAUCCCAAAUUGUACAACAUAAUUCAGAGUAUGUUAUGAAACUUAAAUUAAUUCAUUAACGUCAUACAGUACAUUUAAUUUAACACUAACAACUAUUUGCUUUGUCACCUUUUAAUUAAAAAUACAAUGUUUUUUGUCAAAUACUUUAGCAUAUUAUAAUUAGCGACAGGCGGUAGAAAAUGUAUGGAUUAGGUAAAUUUAAUAUGUUUGACAAACUUUAGUGUAGAAAUGUAUCAAGGUGGCCUUUGGUGAAAAUUGUUUGGACACACCUGAAUUGGAGGCUACUGUACAUUGCAUCCAUUAAAGAGGAACUGCACUUUUUGGGAAAUUUGCCUAUCUUUCACAACCAUGAGAGACAAGAACACACAUAUAUCCAUUUUUUUUUUUUUAAAGUUGAAAAAAAAAAAACACUGGAAAGAUGCGGCUAAUGGGACUCACCGUCGUAGCCUUUAAAGCCCUCUAAAACAAAUUCAAAUCCUCCAAAGUUUUGUGUACACACUGCAAGUAUAUAUAUAUAUAUAUAUAUAUAUAUAUAUAUAUAUAUAUAUAUAUAUAUAUAUAUAAUGUAGUAACGGGCAAGUUCAUAACAAUAUGUAAUAUGUACAAUAUUUACCAUAUUUUGGGAAUUUUAAUCAUUGCCGGGUCCGUGCCAGGUGACACCCUUUUCCCUUAGGUCUUUUUUGGCUGUAUGUCUCCACGUCUUCUUCGGCCUCCCUCUCUUCCUUACUCCAUUUUCUGGCAUCCAGUUCAUUGCCACACUUGCCGGUCUCUCUCCUGGCAGUCGGAAUACGUGCCCCAUCAUUCUCCUUCUCCUUUCGGAGACAAUGACAGACAGUGCUGCUACACCUGCCCUUCUCAUCACCUCCUCGUUGGAAAUGUGGUCUCUCCAGGAUGCAUCUGAGGCAUUGUAGGUGGAAGACAUCCUGCUUGUUUUUGAUACUGGUUGUCUUGAUCAAUGUCUCAGUCGUUGGUAUGACCACUGACAUGUAGAGGCAUAGCUUAAUAGCCGUUGUGAUAGCUUUGGACGACCAGAUGUUUCGGAGCAGUUGGAACACUCCUGCAGCUUUGCCAAUUCUGUUAUUGACGUCUUUCUCCACGUCUCCUGUACUUGAGAUGUUACUUCCAAAAUAGGUGAAGUCGUCAACAUACUCCAUCAUGUUCGUCUAUAGUGGGUGGUGGAAAGUGUUGUAUUUGUCCAACGGCCAUGGACAUUGGUCUUUUCUCGGCUUAUCCGUAGUCCGACUUCUUCUCCGUGCUCAUGGAGAUUGUUGGUCAUCUCUCUGAGCAAGAAAAGCUGCCAGAGACCAGGACUCGUCGCCCAAUGUUCCAAUAGGAAUGGGAGGAACUAAGUCUAAUAUUUGCCCGAACUAAUUUAUUUCCGUUUCCAUAGCAACGCACAUCUAACUUCUGGCAACAAACGUGUGUCCUACUUCCGGAAACAAACACAAAUGUUUUCUAAUAAUGGCAAACUUGGAAAUAGACAACAAAGACGACUAUUUUUGGACAAAUGUGAAUUUGCAACCUUAUCUUUUUGAAGCUGACUAUACGGAGGAUGAUCUACUGCAGUGUUUCUCAAAUGGGGGUACUUGACGGUAUCCCAAGGGGUACGUGAUAUUUUUUUUAAAUAUUCUAAAAAUAGCAACAAUUCAAAAAACCUUUAUGAAUAUAUUUAUUGAAUAAUACUUCAACAAAAUAUGAAUGUAAGUUCAUAAACUGAAAAGAAAUGCAACAAUGCAAUAUUCAGUGUUGACAGCUAGAUUUUCUGUGGACAUGUUCCAUAAAUAUUGAUGUUAAUGAUUUAUUUUUUUGUGAAGAAAUGUUUAGAAUUAAGUUCAUGAAUCCGGAUGGAUCUCUAUUACAAUCCCCAAAGAGGGCACUUUAAGUUAAUGAUUACUUCUAUGUGUAGAAAUCUUCAUUUAUAAUUGAAUCACUUGUUUAUUUGUUAACAAGUUUUUAGUUAUUUUCAUAUCUUUUUUUCCAAAUAGUUCAAGAAAGACCACUACAAAUGAGCAAUAUUUUGCACUGUUAUACAAUUUAAUAAAUCCGAAACUGAUGACAUAGUGCUGUAUUUUACUUCUUUAUCUCUUUUUUUCAACCAAAAAUGCUAUGCUGAUUAGGGGAUACUUGAAUUAAAAAAAUGUCCACAAGGGGUACAUCACUGAAAAAAGGUUGAGAACCACUGAUCUACUGCUUAUAGAAGCCAGCACGAAAGACGGAAGAGACGUUGGCGCAAACGCAAGCCAAGAGAGUGACAGGAAAGUAACUCUGACGCUCAAAAUGCGAAACUUGACUUUUGCUAGUUCGGCAUAAUUGGAGUGCUUACCUAAACAAACCGGAAAACAUGUCCCCCGCCAUCUUGACCAAACAGACAACUGGACAUCACUUAAAUGUUGUAUAUGAUACAUGCAGCACGCUAUGCGCGUUGUUAAAACUACAGUUAAUACGCUGCCUGGCUAUCUGUGCCCAAACAAACAUGAAAUAUCGGCUAAUUCUUUACAGAUACUGUAAUUUGAUUAUUAUUGUUUUUCAGUCAGUACAGAUUGAUGUUCUAUCUGAUUGUGUUGUGCAUUACAAACGGAAACACGUUCCGUGCUGACGUAGAAACAAGCUUAUUUUUUUCCGUAGCUGGCUUUAUGGCUAAUACAGAGAAAAGGUCAAUGUUUUAGCAUGGUAGGAAAAGAGUUUCUCGGUUUUCGCUCGUACAAGAACAAUGUCGCUACUGGCUACAGUUUGGUUAUUAUACAAGUUACGAAAUGUAAAUGAAGUACUUUUGACUGUUUCUGAAUAAAUGUUUAGAGUAAUUUAGAGGUAGAAUUGAUUGCUCCCAUUAGCUGCGUUGCUCGACACCAAGAACGAGCAGAUUUUUACAUGAUAGACUGCAAAAAAAAAAACAACAACAACAACUUUUGUCCUCUUUUCUCUCAUAAUGAUUGUGAACAAUAAGCAACAUUUCAAAAUAAGUACAGUUCACAAAUAUGGGGAGUUUUUUUUCGUAGCCCAUAUCAACAGGGUAUGAGGGUAUGUGAAAACCCAUCAAAUUGCCUAAAUAUUAAUUCAGAUGUGUGUAGGAGGUGUUUAGCUAUGCAAGUGAUGAGUGUUAAGAUACUAACAUGACACCAUUAAAAACAUUUUCAGAAAAUAGUGAUACAGUGGCACCUCAACUUAAGAGUGCCCCAACUAAAGAGUGUUUUUAGAUAGGGACUGUCUCUCGAAUGAUAUUUAUGCUUUAAGUUGAAGCAUAUGUUUGAGUUACAAGCAUCCCCGCUAUUAGUUGGCGUAGCAAAUGUCAUACUGAAUUAAACCCUGUAAGAUCCGACCAAAACAUCAUGUCUUACUCGCUAGAAUUAGCUUAUAGCUGGAGAUAGACAUUUUUCCAACCAUGGGAAGGAAUAAACUGAGUGUAAAAAAAGAAGUGGAUGAUAUUUAUUGAUUUAAAGCAAGACAUCUUUAAAAACGUAACCGAGCGUGCCUUGUUGGCAAAGCAAUUUGAUCGUAUCACUGAUAGUCUUCAUCACCGUACUGAAGCAGAAUGAGUUAAACGCGAGCCAAGAAUGUGAAAAUAAUAUCUAAACAUGAAAAUAUGAAAAGCUGCUGAUGGUGUGUUUGUCUCAGAAGCAUUUGGAAAUCUACUCUGCUGUACAUUUUUAUUACAUUAAUUCAUAGAAUUUCAAAAAGUUAUUAAUACAGUCUGUGUUGCUUUUCAUGAAGUAUUCACUAUAUAAAAGUUAGUUUUUCUUUUUAAAAGACAUGUUAUUUUUGAAAAUGGUGCUGUUUUACAAUUAAGGUUGUAAUUUGAGGUCCUACUGUACGUAAUAACAAACAUUAUGUUUUUAUAGUUUUUCAAAAUAAAUUGAAAAAAUGUAAACUAAACAAAAAAAUAAAUAUGAUGAUUAAUUCGUUGUAUGAAAUUGUAUUUAAAAUAUAGAUUUAAAUUUAUUCAAAAAUGUAAACAAUCAAUAAUGUAAUGUAAUGUAAUGUAAUAAAAUAGGAUGUUUAAAACCGACAACGAAAUAAAAAACAAAAGAAGUAAUACAAAAACACAAUUUAAAAAAUGGUCCAUCCAUUUUCUACCGCUUCUCGUCCCUCUCAGGGUCGUGCGGGGGCUGGAGCCUACCCCAGCUCCACUCAGGCAGAAAACAGGGUACACCCUGGACAAAUCGCCACCUCAACACAGAUAGACAACAUUCACAUUUAAAUUUACACACCAAUUUAGUGGUGUCAAUUAGCCUAUGCAUGUCUUUGUAUGUAAAACAAAUCAAAUAAAAAGAUCAUUAAAAACCUGCAGUAACUAUGAAACGCAAUUUAAAAAAUAAUAAUAAUAAUAAAAUAAAAAGAUAUAGGCACGUAUUUGUAGCAAAAUUGAUUGGUUAUGGUUAUUUUUAUCUAUUGUUUUAAAAUGAAUGUUACUUGAAAUCAAAAUGUCUACAAAAAAAACAGAAAUUUUUACAUUUAUAAAAGCAGUAACUAUAAAAUCUGAUUCAUGAAAUCAAAAUGCCACUAGAAAGAAGGUAGUACCACACUGAUGGUAAAAUAAAAAAUUAUAAUACACAGUAACUACCUAUAAAUGUGUGUGUGUGUGUGUGUGUGUGUGUGUGUGUGUGUGUGUGUGUGUGUGUGUGUGUGUGUGGCCUUUAGGGUUGAUGAACCCAAUAAAGCAACUUUUAAUGUAUUUUAUUGAUCUCUUUGCAGUGACGUUAAAUUGUAAGAAUGGGGCCAAUUAUAAUAUACGUCAACAUUGUGAUGCAUGCUGCAUUGAAGCUAUCCGGAUGCAGUCAGUAUUUUUUGUAUCUUAAUAAUAAGACUGUGGGAAUGCUCCGUGUGUCAAGUUGUGGAAUAAAUUCAUUACAUGGAAAGCACAAUUUAUAGGAUGAGUUCCCGUUUUUCAAGCACCAUCCCUCUGAGAAAUGCCAGAAAAAUAGUCAAAUUUUGACCAUUGUCCUUGUAUCCGUAUAAAUAAACACAACAUUGGCAAAUCGUGGGUUUAA